AUAUAUUCAACCAAUCAAACUGCAAAGCGCGGUAGGGAAAACACCUGUAUUACGCGUGGCUCACACUACAACGACAGGCUGCUGAAAGUGAGUUCAGUAACUUGUGGAGCUCUUGAGGGAUCGCCGAGAGAACGUUCACCGUUCUAUAUCGUUUUCAGCAUAACAAACAGGACCAUUUAUAACAGAGUGAUUCUUUGUACAAAACGUCUUUAUCACUGUGUUAGACAUUUUUUCACCUGUCCGUCCAAAUGUCUGUGCCUGCAACGGCGAUAGCUUCUCCCGAAGCAUACAAGAAUGCCAAACUAAUGACUGUUCCUGAUGUCGAUAUAGACAAAAAUGGAAAAUUCAAAUAUGUGUUGAUUAAGGUGCAUGAUCCUUCUGGAGAUCGGGUGUUUAAGCACAUUGUAAGAGGGUACGCCAGAUGCGAUUAUCACGCUGAUGUCUACGACGACGUCUGUCCAGAUAUCGAGGGUAAGGGACUGGACUGCGAGUGCGUCGGGGGAGGCAGAAUAGAACAUGACCCAGUCAAGAAAAAACUACAGAUUUAUGGCUAUUCUCAGGGAUUUGGUCAAGCUGACCAUGCCAUCACAGCAGCUAUACUGAGCAGGAAGUACAAAUAUGAAAAUAUUACGUUCUCCAAUGAAGGAUACUAGCAAAGGGCACAAUUAGGAUGAAAUGACUUAUCUUUAAUGGAAAUAUUAGCAGAUUUGAUGCAUUUUUGUCAGCUGGUCUGAGAAAUUCCAUUGGCAGGGAGAGAUGGUGCAAUCAUCAUUUUUCCUGCACGAGAGAUGAUUUAGUCCUCCUCUCCUAUUUUUUUGUUUUCAAGAAGUAAUUUUAAUGUACUGUAGUAAACACUUAGGCUGUAUUUUGUUGAUUUGAAAGUAUUUAAAAAUGUGUGAAACAUUGAAAUUUUGUUUUUGUUUCGUUUUAUUCAGUGUAUUUGUCUCAUGUAUUAUAUGUACAUUCAAGUUGAACUUCCACAUUGUUUGUAAGAGAACAUUCUAUGUUUAUUUUUACAUUCAUCCAAACAAAAAUUAAAGUAGUACUUUUUCUAAUUGCACAACAUAAGUAAAAUACAUUGGUCUGUACUAUAAAUUGUAGACCACAGAAUAUGCAAUGUACACUGAAUUUUCUUAGAGAGCAGGGCACUGUGAUUCAUUCCAUAUUGAUGAUAAAUCAGAAGCAGUGCAUUGAAGCAUUUCCACACUAUCGAGUUCCUUGAUUUUGUCAUUCUGUGUAGUGGUCCUCCCUUCAGAGAAGUUUUUCUUGUGUUACCGUCUGCUUUUAGCAGGUCUAAAUCCACUUUCUGUUCUGUUUAAUGUGUUUAGUUGGUAUUUUUCUUUGACUCUCUGUUGUAUUUUGUGUAUGUGUACUUGUAUUUCAGCAUUGUAUGUUCCAUUGAAACUUAAAUACACUUGCUGUCCUUUCACAGUUUCACUUAACUAUCAGUAUCUAUAAAAACAAAUUCCAAAUUCAUGAUGCUACAAAUUUUUUUCUUUAAACUUCCAUUCAUUUAUCAAAAUAAUACUGUGCUGUCUUGGCAUUAGAACUGGGCUUUUUCUUUUAACUAGCAAUUCAUGUUCUUUUAUACUCUCGGAUUAAGAGAUACAAUUAACUAUUGAGUAUGUUUCAUCUGUAAAGGUUAAACUGGCAAUCAGACAGUUGGCAGUUUAAAUCCUAGCAUGUUUAAUGUUGUUUCAAAUUAAAAUUGGACACCGCACUCUGUCUGCAUUUUCUCUGUCCAUCCUGCUUUUAGUGGUAUCAGCUUCUGCCAGGGUGAACUUUAACCCCUGCAGUGGCUUGGUGUCCCGUCCUGGCUUGGGUUUCUUGAAAAAAUCUCAAACUUAGGUUUGAGUUUACUUUUAUUUGAGUUGUCAAAAUUUACGUAAAUCCGGGCCAGAGUACAGGAAAAGAUUUGAAGUUUUUGAUUCAACAGUAUAAAGUACAUGUAUUUGAGUCAUCAUAAAGCUAUGAUAUAGGAUAGCAAUCAUUUUAAAUGCAGUCACCACCACAUUGCAGACCAUUUGUCAUUCUUGGAUCAUCAGGCAUGUUUUGAAGUCAUGUUUUAUUCACCAUUGUGUAAAAGAUACAUCAGUUCUGCAUAAGUUUUCUGUUCAGAAUGGAACACAGAUGUGUGGGUUUUUUUCUCUCUCUCUAAUUGCAAUUAAUAUUUAUGAAUUAUAAUCUGUAUUAUCGAUAUAUUAAAUGUUAAUUAGUUGACACUGUUCCCAGUACUGAUUUUGUUUUUUGGCUUAAUUUAAUGUGAGACUGUAGGCAUACUGUUGAUGCUUUUGUAAACUUUAGCUGCUGUGAUUCAAAAAUAAAAAUAGGAAAUUUCAA